UGGUUUAGUUGAUAUGCAUACAUCACAAGGGAGUUACACAUUGUUCUCCAAGAAAACAAGUCAGUUUGUUAGUGAAACAACAAGCCUACACAGAAGGAUGGGAGUUCAUUGGGUUUUUAGCGAUAUUAGACUAGCCCUGGCUAUGUUACUCUUGUCCGUAGUGCUCAAAAUUGUUUACAGUAUGUGGAUAUUGCCAAACAUAACUUACUUGAAGAUUAAAAGGAAUGGAUUAAGUGGUCCAUCUCCAAGGUUUCCUCUCGGAAACAUUACUGAUAUGGUGGCUCAUUCAAACAAGACCGAUGAUCCUUCUUCGUCAUCUUUCGAUAACAAUAUCAUGAGCCAUCAUAUCCACUCAAAGGUGUUUCCAUACUUUGCUCAGUGGCAACAAUCUCACGGGAAAGUGUUUGUGUACUGGUUGGGGACGGAACCGUUUCUUUAUAUUGCGGAUCCUGAAUUUCUAAAGCAAAUGUCUUCAGCUAUUAAGGGAAAGAGCUGGGGGAAACCAAGUGUUUUCAGAAAUGACAGAAAGCCUAUGUUCGGUACUUAUGGCUUGACUAUGGUUGAAGGUGAUGAUUGGGUCCGUCACCGGAGUGUUCUCACUCCGGCCUUCUCUUUGCCUAACAUAAAGACCUUGCGAAACUUGAUGGUGACCGUGACAAAUGAAAUGCUAGACCGAUGGACCUCUAUUAUUAAAUCCGGUCAGCAAGAAUUGGACAUUGAAUCGGAGAUCUCAAGCACAAUGGGGAUGAUUGUCGCCAAGACAACCUUUGGAAUGAAGUACCAGAAUGGUAAAGAAGUGCUGCAGAAACUAAGGGAAAUGCAUCAAGUUCUGUACACUUCCAACCGUUAUGUUGGAGUCCCAUUCAGCCAAUUUUUGUCUCGUAGGAUGUACCUCAAAGCAAAGAGUCUUGGUGACGAAAUAGAUGCCCAUUUCGUAACAAUUAUAAAUGAUAGAAUAAAACUGAAGCAAAGUGGUCGUCUUGGUAGCACAGCUGAUGAUGAUCUAGAGAAAAACUUGCUAGACCUCAUGUUGGCUGGUCAUGAUAACACCAAGGCACUCACCACUAAAGAGCUGGUUGAUGAAUGCAAAACCUUUUUUGUUGGAGGUCACGAAACAAGUGCAUUAGCUCUAACAUGGACUCUAUUUCUCUUGGCCAUGCACCCGGAGUGGCAAAAUCAGCUCAGAGAAGAGAUCAGAGAAGUUGUAGGAGAUGAACAAGUCGAUGUAGCCAUGCUUGGUGGACUGAAGAAGAUGAAUUGGGUGAUGAGUGAAGCAUUGCGCUUGUACCCCUCAGCACCCAAUGCACAAAGACAAGCCAAAAGCGACAUUCAUGUCGGUGAGGUUGUCAUUGCUAAAGGUACAAACAUCUGGAUAGAUUUAGUUGCAAUGCACCAUGACAGUAGUCUCUGGGGAGACACGGCCAACGAAUUCAGGCCCGAACGGUUUGAAACAGACCUCUAUGGAGGAUGCAAACACAAGAUGGGUUAUGCUCCUUUUGGUUUUGGAGGGAGAAUGUGUAUUGGUAGAAACUUGGCAGUCAUGGAGUACAGGAUUUUGUUAUGUUUAAUCUUGACUAGGUUUUCAUUUUCUCUUUCACCAUGUUAUUCUCAUUCCCCUGCAAUCAUGUUCUCUCUAAGGCCUAGCAAGGGGAUGCUCCUAAUGCUCCAACCUGUUUAGUUUGUAACCAGCUGCAGCUGAUUUAUGUUGUCGAACUUUAUCCAUUCCAGGGCUCAAAAAUAAGGAAAUUUUAUCACAAAAAUAAUGCAGUCCGUUCAUUUUUUUUAAUAAACAAAAU